UUGAUCUGUAAUGCUGUGGCUGCCCCUUGGCCCCUUCCACGCCAUGGAGAACCAGGUGCUGGUCAUUCGCAUCAAGAUCCCAAACAGUGGUGCGGUGGACUGGACGGUGCACUCCGGGCCGCAGUUGCUCUUCAGGGAUGUGCUGGAUGUGAUAGGCCAGGUUCUGCCUGAAGCAACAACCACAGCAUUUGAAUAUGAAGAUGAAGAUGGUGAUCGAAUUACAGUGAGAAGUGAUGAAGAAAUGAAGGCAAUGCUGUCAUAUUAUUAUUCCACAGUAAUGGAACAGCAAGUAAAUGGACAGUUAACAGAGCCUCUGCAGAUAUUUCCGAGAGCCUGCAAGCCUCCUGGGGAACGGAACAUACAUGGCCUGAAGGUGAAUACCCGGGCUGGCCCAUCUCAACACAGCAGCCCAGCAGUCUCAGAUUCACUGCCAAGCAAUAGCUUAAAGAAGUCUUCUGCUGAACUGAAAAAAAUAUUAGCCAAUGGCCAGAUGAAUGAACAAGACAUACGGUAUCGAGACACCCUUGGCCAUGGCAACGGAGGCACAGUCUACAAAGCAUAUCAUGUCCCGAGUGGGAAAAUAUUAGCUGUAAAGGUUAUACUACUAGAUAUUACACUGGAACUUCAGAAGCAAAUUAUGUCUGAAUUGGAAAUUCUUUAUAAGUGUGAUUCGUCGUAUAUCAUAGGGUUUUAUGGUGCGUUUUUUGUAGAAAACAGAAUUUCAAUAUGUACAGAAUUCAUGGAUGGGGGAUCUUUGGAUGUAUAUAGAAAAAUUCCAGAGCAUGUCCUUGGAAGAAUUGCAGUAGCAGUUGUUAAAGGCCUUACCUAUUUGUGGAGUUUAAAGAUUUUACAUAGAGAUGUGAAGCCCUCCAAUAUGCUAGUAAACACCCGAGGACAGGUCAAGCUGUGUGAUUUUGGAGUUAGCACUCAGCUGGUGAAUUCUAUAGCCAAGACGUAUGUUGGAACAAAUGCUUAUAUGGCGCCGGAAAGAAUUUCAGGGGAGCAGUAUGGAAUCCAUUCUGAUGUCUGGAGCUUAGGAAUCUCUUUCAUGGAGCUUGCUCUUGGGAGGUUUCCAUAUCCUCAGGCCCUAUGCAAGAUAUGCUAAUAUAUUCACAGGCAUGAUAAGAGCUUGAACAAGGACAGAGACUGAUGAGCAAAGGAGAUGGGAUGACACAAGUGAAUGACACUUGUUCAUCUUACAGCAAUAGAAAUAAUAUAUAUUAUUCAUUUAUUUUGUCUCAUAAUGCAUUCAGUAUCUAAAAAUACCAGUUUACCAAAAUUCCUGCUUGUCGCCAGGGUAAAUUUUCUUCUGUUCUUUUUUUUAAAAAGUUACUUGUUUGGGGACUCAAGUUAGUAGCACUAGGCAGUGUGUAUUCAGCUUGUGGUCACGUGAAAAGGAUUUUUUUUUUUUUCCCUCUCAAUUGAAGACUAAAAUUUGGACACUGUGUUUUUGAAAGUUCUAGCUUUGGAUUGGUGGUGGUGCAUCCCUAAAUUUUAGCAUCCAGCCCGAUGCCAGAUACAAUUAGAUUGCAUGCCAGUCCCACUUCUGCCUUGGGUAGGAAAAAAAAACUCAUGGCACCUGAAUGGGCAGCUCUGCGUUGAGGGCUCCUCAGGCUCCUCUAGCUUAUCCCUUCAUUUUUUAGACAAGAGCCCUGAGCCCCAGCAAAGGGAGGGGCUCCCUGAGGCCAUGGGGAUCUGACUGGAAUUCCAAGCGUCUUUCUGACUUCAAAGCUCUUGUAUUUUCCCUACACCAGGCAGCCUCCAGUCGGUGCUAGGCCAGGUUCUGUCUACAACCUUGGACACUUCUCUCUCAGUUUCUGAGCCUCAGUUGCCCUAACAGCAAAAUAAGUAGGAAGAACUAGAACAUCUCUGAGGUCCCUUUCAUUUCAAAAUUCUUUAGGUCACCGUUCUUCAUUUAGAAUAUGAAAGUCUCAGCUUCCUAUAAUCCCUGUUGAUAUGUAGCCAGGGUUACAGCUUAAUGCAUCUGAUUUGAAAAGAGAGUCUUUGUAAAAUAGCUGUGGUUCCUAAAAUCUGAAGUUUAAAAAAAGAAUAAAGAGUUCAGCAUUGAAAACCAGGAUGUGAUACCAGUAGCACAACAAACAAAAAUGGUAUUCUUUAAAAAUUCCAACAAUUUGCUUUCAUUUUAUAUUUCUUUUUUCUAUUUAAGAGAAAAUAACACAAGCUUGAAAAGCAGUAAAUAUGUAAAGAGAAAAUUUGUCAGCUGAUAUUGGAAGAUCUGACCUAGGUCACACAUAAAUCUCUCAGACAAGAGCUGCAGGGCAAGCCAUAAUUUCAGAGAGUAAAAUAGAAAAUGAAAGCUAUAGCUAGUGUCUUCUCAAAGUUACAGAGGUGGAUUCACUUUAGUUUUCUGCUUGUGCCUGAAUAUAAGGUAAAAGGGCUUGGUAGCAAGGUCUGUUUUACCAUUGUAUGUAAAAAGUACCUCUGCAGAGACAGAAGCAGAAUGUGACACUUUGAAAGUUGCCUUUUUAGCACCACAGUCAUUGACUAACUAGUUGAAGUCCCACGAGCCAACUUUUUGCCUUGGCAAUUGCCUUUCCAGCAUCAUUUUCCAAAGUCAUGUUGUAAGUAGAAGAAGAGCUUUUCUAAUUAUCAACUGUUAGUCCUUGCAAGGGAGUAUAUAAGAAAUGUUACUAUAAUAACACCCUGAGACCUAAUGCUUGUGCCUAAAUGAAGUCAUUCUUCCACAUUUAAAUACAUAAUGGUGUGUCUUACAUCAGAAUGAGACGGGACUGUCCCCUGUUAGUGUGGCUUUGAAUAUUGGAUCUAAUGGCUGGCAAAAGAAAAAAAGCAUGCCCAGGAGAGGGAAGAGGUUCAGCUAAUUAGUCUAUCAAAAUGCUACUAGUCCUAGAGACUGAUUAGCAAAGUGAAUGACAAGAGCAAUUAUUGUUUUGUUCAUUGUCCCAAAGUACUAGUUAGACACAGAAAACUCUCAAUACAAGCAAAACAUACAAGUAGGAAUGUGGACCCGGACAAGUUAGAUAUAAACAACAUUUCAUAUGUUGUGAGGUGCAGGCAGUACAUCAACCCUAACAAUAUUAUUGUGUUCCUCUGAACUCCGCUCUCACAGCCAAGCAUUUGGAAGGCAGACCCAGAAUAAAGGUAGACAUUCACGAAGCUAACAUUUUAUGCUGAGUACCCUCAGUACCACUUUUAUAAUGUGCUAUAAAACUAAGGGCUUCACUUUUUCAUGAACUGUGUGCAAAAACAGAGGCAGUGACUGGAGGUUGACUUUGUUUGGCUGUGUUUUAUGGUUGCUGCACCCGUACAGUAAUGUGAUCUUGAAAAAGGUAAAUAACAAAGAGUUUAGCAGUGAAAAAUAUGCUAAUAUAAAUACAGUUGAGUACAUGGCAGCUCAGAAUUUGAAAAAUAUGACUGUGGCAUUAGAUUUUCUGGUGGAAUUAACAGAGGAACAGAAUACAGCCUUUAAGGCAAUAUAUCUGAGACAGAGAAAGGAGAUAAUACAUCUAACUGUAUGGUGUUUAUAUGGUGACAUACAUAUAAAGAAAAACACAGUAGCUUUAUUUAAUUAAGAAAAUGAAUCAAUUACACUGAUGUUGCAUCAUCAAAUUCUUGUGAAAUAGAAGCUAUAAGUCAGCACAUUGUGUAACAGUGUUAAAAAGUAAUUGAGUAUCUUAAGCGUUUUGAAUCAGUUUCAGGUAGUGGCACUGCUACCUUAAUACAAAAUUUAUGAAGAUGAUUUCAUAUAAUAUGUUGCUGUCAACACUGUGUAAUAAAACCUGGUAACAACAUCUCUUUAAAAACCAAGGCAGACAUAUGCACAUCCAUGUUCAUUGCAGCAUUAUUCACAGAAGCAAAGAGAUGAAAACAACCUAAAUA